CUGCUCUGGCUUGCCUCGGUCGUGAACGGAGAAUGAGGGCAGAAACGGACCGAGACAAGACAGUGGAUGAGCUACCAGUGAAUUCACGUUAAUUUGCUUUUCUUCGGACAAUGAGGGUUUUGCCGAGCCGCUGGAUUCCCUUCAUACUUUUUUCACUGUUGAGCUGUGAAGGUGUUCAGGUGACGGUGAAGGAUGAGAGGAAGUUUGCCAUGCUGUUUUCCUCCGUAGUCCUGCCAUGCCAGUAUACCACCCACUCCACCCAGAUCCCAGUGGUGCAGUGGUGGUAUAAGUCUUACUGUACAGACCGCACCCGCGACUCCUUCACCUUCCCAGAGAGACUGGGUGUCCAGGGUUCUGAGCUGGGAAACACGGCCCAUCUGGACUGCUCUGACAAAAGUCGCACCGUUCGUAUCGUGGCCUCCGGGCAGGGAGCCUCCUUGACCCUUGCCGAGCACUAUAAAGGCAGAGAUAUCUCCAUUAUCAACAAAGCAGACUUGCGGAUUGGAGAGCUGCAGUGGGGGGAUAGCGGUGUGUAUUUCUGUAAGGUCAUCAUAGCUGAUGAUCUGGAGGGCAAGAAUGAAGGCCAGGUGGAGCUGCUGGUGCUGGGUAAGACAGGUGUGCUGGACGAUGUCCUGCCUGAGUUUGAGCUGGAGAUUAUGCCAGAGUGGGUGUUCGUGGGGUCAGUAGUACUGGGUAGUGUUUUGUUCCUGCUGUUGGUGGGGGUUUGCUGGUGUCAAUGCUGUCCCCACUCCUGCUGCUGUUACCUGCGUUGUUGCUGCUGUCCUGAUACCUGCUGCUGCCCAAAGCACUUAUACGAAGCAGGGAAGAUGGCUAAGAGUGGACAGCCUCCGCAGAUUGCCAUGUAUUCUCCAUAUUACAUUCCUGCUCCAGUGGUUUCUCAACCAGCACCAGCUCUCAUUGACCCCAAGAUGACUGCAGAGCCCCCCUCGGUGGAGAACAAUAUUGCUGGAGUGCGCAGUGGCUAUCGUCUCCAGGAGAGUCAGGGUCAGGACGCUAUGAAAGUUGUGUACUACAUAGAGAGGGACCUGGCACAGUUCCAGACGGCCAAGCGGGCCGGACAUCCAUCAGCUGGCAGUAUGUCAGAGCUGAGCUCCCUGCAUGAUGGUGAUAUAGACUUCAGGCAGACCUACCGGCAGGUUCAGAAGAAAGCUCUGCCACCAAUCAGUGACCACAACGACACACAACUUCGCAUGAUCUCGACAGGUCAUGUCCUCCGGCCUGCACACUAUCAAAGCAAUCGCACCUUGGAGCAACAUGACAGCAGGUGGAACUGCCGGUCAGAGCAUUUGCCCAGGAAAGCAUUUGACAGCAGGGGCCGCACUGGCUCUCUGGAUGAGCUAGAGGAGUUUGCAAGGAAUUAUGGCCCACGUGCAGGCCGCAGGGGUGACAUUCGUGACCACGAGCGAGAUUUCGACAUGGAGCUCAGGCCCCGUGACCUGCCCUCUCCAUACUGUGAUGGCCCACGCCGCUUCCAUGAUGAUGAUGAUGACGAUGAUGACUGGCGGCGGCGCAGCCCCCCUCCUUCUCCACGAAAGAGGCGAGACACCGGAGACAGCGAACGUUACGCCCCUCGUAGACAGUCAUAUGACGAUGCCUAUCUGUCUUCUGUGUUGGAACGAAAGGCCAGGGAGCGGGGGGAGCGGGUCCGGCGGGCCGAUGAGGAUAGUGACACACCCUCGAAGGGCAGCUCUAAGAAGAGCAGUGACUGUUAUUACAGUCGGUCGCCAAGCAACCGCCCUGAUGAGGAUGACCCCCUGCCUCCAUACUGCGAGGUGGAGCGAUAUCGGACUGAGCAGCCUGUGGAACGGGAGCGCUGUAGGAUGGUGGACACUGGGGCACGGCCCUUCUCUUACACUCGUCCUGGUCAAAGCAUGUCCCACACUCUCCAGGAGCGCAGAGAGGAGAGGGACAAACCCAGGAAACUGACCAGUCAUCUAAGCAGAGACUCCCUCAUUGUUUGAAGUCAAUCAAGAGCCCAAGAGUGUCCGCCAUGCUGCUCAGGCUGGACAGGCAUCAUACUAUUAACAAGGCAGAAUGCAUCAAUCUGCAGAGCACUCCUUGUGAAAUAAUAACACUGGAGCCUGUUGUGUGUUAUGAAGAGGAAUUCACUGAGAAAAAAUAAUUCUUACAUUUGUUUAUUUGUGUUUAUGUCUGUGUUUGUGUGGAUGUGCACACUACUGCAUGUUCAGGGGUCUGUCUCACAAAGCACAUUCAGUUUAAACAGGGUUCCUGUCCACUGGACUCAGCUUCAAAAAAACAAAUAAAUGUAGCCGCAGUUAACUCGUUUUGCAAUGCCAGUUUACAGAUUACUCUGUUGUACCAGCUAUGAUUAACGCUUGUGCAGAUACAUGUAAAGUGUGAUGUCUACAAAUGAAACAUGAGCAGUCCAGCAGCUUAUUUUUCAAAGCUCGAAAAAUAAAUCAUAUUGUGUGAAUAUGUAGAAAGUAAAGCAUCUAUAGUGGUGAAAAUGCUUUUACUCUUACCAUUAAUGCUUAUUGGGGCAAAAUUGGUGUUUCAUCCACUGAGACGUGAUAUUUUUCAUGUGAUUGACACCACAAACUAUAGAAGGCCACUCUUGCAGUUAGAAGAGGAAGGACUGCCUAUUAUUUAAUAUCUUAAAAUAAUUACUUAUUUUCUUAAAAUUUCAUUAUUUCAUGCAACAUUGAAGUAAGUUAUUACAUUUGGAGACCAAAAGUAAUUGUUUUGGGAUAGUGAGUGUUUUGAGAAAAUUAGCCAUCAUUUUGACAGUCAGUAAUUUGAGAAAAUAAGUCAUUACUUCAAGAUACUAAGUUGAUAUUUAUAAAAAAAAUCAGUUGAGAUACUAUGUGAAUAUUUUGAGAUGAUAAGUCAAUAUUUCGAGUCAGUAUUUUGUGAAAAUAAAGCAAUGUUUCCAGAUAGUAAGUCUAUUUUUACAAAAUAGUCAAUAUUUUGAGACUCAAAUACAGUAUUUUAAAGAAAUAAAUCACUUCUAGAUAGUAAGUCAACAAUUUGACAUAGUGUUGCCAGAAACACAGAAGGGAAAAAAUCAUAGGUGAUUUAUUUUCUCUUGUAUUUGUCUUGAAUAGGCUUCCAUGACAAAUGUCACUAAGAAAAAAGGGACCUGAAAAGACACUGAUUGGUCCAAUAGCCGUUUCUAUCUGAAAUCUUGUAUUGAACCUGCUCUGGAGCAUGAUAGGUGGAGCAAGACAAUAUGUUGUAAAAAAAAAAAAAGAUACUACAUUUCCGAGGUGAUUUAACUCAGUAGAAAGUGAUCCUCUGCUGUGAGACAGAAAUCCAGGAUUAGAUGGAACUAAGCUUAAAGCGAGCCGGCUAAGCUUUGUGAGACAGACAUAUCUGUGCUUGUGCUUUGUUUUGGUGUCUUCCAAGCCAUAAGUUCACUCCUUCAUCUCAUUUUAGGACAUAUCAGUGUUUGAACCUUGACAGGCGGACACAGAGGAACCUCCCUUAGCUCAUUCUACAGGUGCACAAAACCACAUAAACUGAAAAUGCCUCAUAAUGCCUCUGUGUUUUAAUUCCAUUCAAGGGCCUUGUUUGGGUUAAGUACUGUAUUUGAAUACUGCUUAUUUGUUUUGUAUUCUUUUUAUUCUUUUUAUGUUUGCACUAGUGAGUCUGUAUUUCUUUGUUAAUCAGCUGGUCUGCAAUGGCAGCACUGAAUGAUUGUGGUUUUGAUAAAGUGCCAUGGAGUAUUUCAUUUGUUUAAAGUAAUGAUUGUUUUGAUAUAAACACUUUGUUUAUUUAAUGCUGUGAUAUUUGUUUAAAUUUGAAGGCUGAUAAGAAGUGUGUACUCACGAUAAAACACACAUGCCUGUUAUCUCA